AUGUGUCAUAUGACAAAAAAGUGCACCACUUCCUGAAGUGAGAAAAAAAUGUCAUAUCAGUUGAGCCACCUUCAGGAUGCUGACAGUUAGCAGCAAAUAGCAAAGGAAGUCACAUCAAACAGACACCUGUGGAGGACGAAUGCUGGUGAGCCAUGCCAUUAUCACUCCUCCAGUGGAAAGCUGUGUGCCCAUUUGGCUUCAGAUGUCUGAUUGUGUUGUGUUUUUUAUGUGGAAUAUUCACAUAUUACAAACUGGACAUCAAGUUCCUAAAAUCUGACAUGAGAACCCGUCACAUCCUUCCUCCAGUUCUGUGUGCAGCUGGAGACUCAAACUGUUCCACAGAGUGGCAGCACAGUCAACCCCAGGAGGCUGCAGCGGUGGACACUGAGCCUGACACAAUCAUACUGAUCUGGAUGUGGCCGUUUGGCUACAAGUUUGAUCUGAGUUGCAGUGAUUUCAACAUCAAAAAAUGCCAAUUGACCGACGACAGGGCCCUUUACGACAAAGCCCACGGGGUUCUCUUCCACCACAGGGACAUUCAUGGGAAUCUUGAAAAAUUGCCAAACGAGCCAAGUCCAUGGUUUCAGAAAUGGGUGUGGCUCAAUAUGGAGUCGCCCGCAAACUCGGGUCCAAUCCCCGAGAUUACUCACUUAUUUAACUUGACAUCCACCUAUCGACUUGAUUCAAAUGUUCCUGUGCCCUAUGGGCACUUGGAGCCUGUGACACCUGAAGAUGAGAGUUUUAAAAUACCGGCAAAAGAAAAGUUGGUCUGUUGGAUUGUGAGCAACUGGAAGUCACAUUUUAGGAGAGUUCAGUUCUACAAUGAACUGAAAAGACACGUUCAUAUUCACACUUAUGGAAAGGCGUUUGGCUUGGAUGUAAGUGACCAAGAGUAUUCAAAGAUUGUUCCUACUUGUAAAUUCUACCUCUCCUUUGAAAACUCAGUUUACAAAGACUACAUCACAGAGAAGUUAUACUCUCCAAUGAAGCUAGGUACUGUACCAGUAGUUCUGGGCCCCUCGAGACAAAACUAUGAGGACCACAUCCCAGGAGAUUCUUUUAUUCAUGUUGAUGACUUUUCCACACCAAAGGAGCUGGCAGACAGGCUGCUGUACCUCGACAAAAAUGACUCUGAGUACACAGCAUACUUUAACUGGACAAAAAAGUUUCAAGUGAAAAUGACUUGGUUUGGCAAAGAACAUGCUUGCAAAACCUGUGAGUACAUACAAAAACACAGAACGUACGAAUAUGUUCAUGAUCUCAACAAAUGGUACUGGGGAUGACAGAAAUCCGACAAGAUAUCCACCUCACAUUUCUGGUUGUGCAUGUAUUUUUAGGGGUCAGCAAUUGAUUACUGUUAUACAUGUUGUAGGUAUAUUGUGGAUUCUAGCUGUAAAAUGUUAAUUAUUUUUGUUUUUGCAGGUCAGUAUUUUAUUUUUCAAACAGUGAUCCGUCGCAAAUGUACGAUAUUGUUCUAAAUGCUUUGUACUUGUUUUUUUGUUUUUUUAUUUCCGUGGCUGCUGCAAUAUUACAGAAGUGCACUGCAUUCACUGGAUAAAAAAAAUAUAUAUAUAAAAAAUUAGACACCUUAUCUCGUAAUUACGAGAUCAGGAUCUCAUAUUUAUGACAAAAUCCAUCAGUGGCACAGUUCAUACAUAUUCCAUAAGGUUUCAGUUUAUACUGGACUGUCCGCCUGAACAAUCUUAAGGACUUGAGAUGCCUGCGCAGUGUUGACAUAUAAUAAUAUCAAUACCAUCCUCAUUUUUAAGAAACAUCAGUAUUUCCCAGUGUCUCAAACCAAUAAGGUAGUAAUAGCACAUUAACUGCGAUAGCGUCAUCAUUUCCACUGAGAGGAUUUACAGCUGUUUCCUUUGUCUUUAUCUCAUCUCAUAAUUAAGAGAUCAGGAUCUCGUGAUUACGAGAUAAGGUGUCUAAUUUUAUUUUUUUUAUCCAAUGAAUGCAAUGCGCUUCCAUACAAUAUAAUGAAGGUGGAUGAAAUUUUGUUGUCAUUGUUAAUAAUGUUGAAACAUUACCCUCUUUCUUAGAGAGAAGUCUGAAAACCUGUCCACACUGCUAGCUAUAACUUAAGAUAAUAUGAAGCAUUUUUUUUUCUUACUUGGCUUUUGUACAUUAAGCAAAUCACUAAUUAGCUGUACAAAAUGAAGUAAUAACUAGAUAAAUGUAUCCUUUGUAGAUAUAUUCAAAUGAUUUUGACCAUGUUUGACUAUCUGAUAUUGGUUUGAUGUUAAAUAUGCAAUUUCAUAUGUUAAUAUUUAUUACUAAGACCAAGAGUUUCUUAAAUUCAAAAUGUUAUUUCUUAAUUAAUUGUGACUUUGUCUCAUCUUUGAUAUCACAUGUGUAUUUUUGAGUGACUUUUGUAUCAGAAAUUGAUGCCAGUAGUUCAUGUGUUAUGCACAUACUAGCUGAAAUCCUACUACUGCACUUGGAGAGCGGUUACUGUGUGUUUGUGUAUGCUGCUAUGGAGUGCUAUGAAUGCUAUGGAGUUAACAUUGCUCGACAAAAAACCCUGUGGGAUUUUAACUGAAUUUUGUAUUCAUGCAGCAAA